AUGCUUACUCAGUCCAUUCGCGCCCCUCUGCCCUUGGUCUGGUCCCUCGUGCGUGACUUCGCGAGGCCUCAGGCGUACAAGCAGUACGUCCGGAGCUGCCACCUGUCGUCCGGGGACGGCGGGCCCGGCAGCGUGCGUGAGGUGACGGUGGUGUCGGGGCUGCCGGCUGUUAGGAGCACGGAGGUGCUCGAGAGGCUGAGUGACGAGCGGCACGUGAUGGUCGUGCGCAUCAUCGGCGGGGACCACAGGCUCGUCAAUUACAGGUCGACUGUGACCCUGCACGAGGAGGAGGACGAGGAGGAGGAGGGCGGCAGGACCUUAACGGUGGUGAUGGAGUCGUACGUCGUGGAUGUGCCGGUGGACAGCUGCGAGAGUGACACGUGUGUUUUUGCGGAUACAAUAAUUGGGCUCAACCUUAAGUCCCUCGCGGCUGUUGCAGAGAGGAUGGCGGCUGACGGUGGCGGUGGUGAUAAUUGA